AUGUUUUUUCGGCGGUUUAUCAGUGUUGUCGUAGCUCUUUUUGUAAUAUUUCCAAUUGGAAAUGCGAUAAUUCCCGGAAAGCUUCUGAGAAUCAAAUUGGCUUGCCUCACAAUCUCUGUGGAUCCAUCUGGAGAAGGAAACACCACUACUAUUCAAGCAGCUAUCGACAAAGUGCCUGAGUACAACCAGAAAUGGGUUUGCAUUCGCAUCAAAGAAGGCGUCUAUAGAGAACAAGUUUUGAUUCCGUAUAACAAGCCAUUCAUAUACCUCCAAGGAGCGGGAAAGCGGAAGACGAGUGUCGUCUGGAAUGCGCACGAUGCAACUGACACGAGCGCCACUUUUAAUUCUGUCCCGGACAACAUCAUAGCCAGGAGCAUAACAUUCAUUAAUUCUUAUAACUACCCGCUGAAGGAGUCGAGCAACCCACUUGCAGUGGCAGUGGCGGCCAGGAUAGGUGGCGACAAGUCAGCCUUUUACCGGUGUGGAUUUGUGGGGCUUCAAGAUACGCUUUGGGACGUUCAAGGAAGGCAUUAUUUCGAGCAGUGUACAAUUCAAGGGGGUAUUGAUUUCAUAUUUGGUUCAGGCCAAUCUAUUUAUCAGGGAUGUACCAUAGCAGUAGUUGCGGGAGUUUUAGACGGCCCAGGAUUCAUCACAGCUCAAGGAAGAACAUCACCUUCCGAGACAAAUGGAUUUGUGUUUAAGGAUUGUGUGAUAACCGGAGAUGGGAAGGCAUAUCUAGGAAGACCUUGGAGACCUUAUGCAAGAGUCUUAUUUUACAACACAAUGAUGAACGGUAUUGUUGUUCCUCAAGGAUGGUCCCCUUGGUUCGCAGGAGGCGACAUGAGCACGGUGAGUUUCGAUGAGGCCGGUUGUCGUGGCCCAGGUUCGGACACAAGCGGGAGAGUUGAUUGGGCAAACAGGCAGAGCAAGUCACAGUUGCAGCAGUUUGCUAGCCUUUCUUACAUUAAUGCACAAGAAUGGCUAAUCAGCUAG